CCUACAUACAAAUCUCCGAGGAUACUCAAAGAUGACAGUCAAGGACAAGGUUAAAGUAUCAAUUCUGGCCUGGGGGUGCGCCCCUUGCGGCCUUACCUGGUCCUUUGGGUUACAAAUGGUGAUUAUUGGAUUCUUCUUGGCCGGGUUUUGCUCCGAUCACUGGCUAGAGUCGUCUAUCGUCGUGUCUGGGUAUGAGUCCAGGAGCCAAGGGUUGUGGCGAUUCUGUUAUAAGUCUCUUGGAGCCACUUGCUGUGGAUACAUCAACGAUCUCAUGUACAUAGAGCCUUUUGUGAACGCCACUAGAGCCUUUCUGGUCAUGAGCUUACUUCCGCAAGGCGGUUGCAUUUUGGCUGUACUUAUUGGAAUUUUCAAGAAAAGUUAUUCUGUUUCAAAACGUUUAGCAGGUGUGCUGAGUGGAAUAUCAGCUUUUUGCAUCAUACUUGCUGGAAUCAUCUAUGGCGGAGCCUCCCAAGACGAGGACUCCACCAGCCUAUACAGCCUCUCCUGGUCCUACGCUCUCUGUUUCGUCAGUGGCUUCCUCUACAUCCCGUUCACGUGUUUUAUUUGCUGCACGGACGACUCGCCUGAUGAAAGUUCAUCUUCUACCACGUGACUUAAAACGUGACUCAAUAUGGACCAAUGAACAUAUCCGCGGUCAAGUUUAAAAUCCAAGUUCAAGAAUUACUAGCAUCAGUUAUAUCCGUCCAUUGAUUGUCUGUGAUAUUUGAAUGUAUAAUUACAUGAAUAGAGUCUCGAUAAAUGUUGCGUAAAUGUACCUUGUUUAUGUAAUUUUUGCUGCUUUUUAAUUUGAUACUAGAUAUUUAAUUGAAAGAUAUAUGUACAUUAGCGUUAACUCGAGAAGAGAACAUUAGUCAAGUUUUUAAAAUUGAACUACCGUAGCUUUAAUUCGGAUAAUCCACAGUUGACUUAACGCAAGGAUCGUUGUUUUUCUAUUUUCCUAAAUCUGACAUAUGAGUUGAUGAUAGUACAUAUAUUCGGUUUGGAUCGUUCCACAAUUACAAAUGGGUUUGUAUUAGAUAUACAAUACCGAAUAUUUGCCGAACACAGUUUUAUAUGAAAAAAAAUACAGAGUUUGUGAACCUCACCAUCGCGGGAUUCUUACUCUUUGAUAUUUUCUUAUGAACUUUAUAUCAUACUUAUUAAAAAAAAUUUCAUUGAUUUUAUUAGUUAAUUUGUUGACUCAGAUAUUCCAAUUUUAAAGGAUAUAAGUACUGCAACAGUCUUAUUUUAAGUGUAAUAGCACAGAGUAUAAUCAGGGACGUAAAUACGCGUAAAUACGUCCCUGGUAUAAUUCUGUAUUCUCGUAUGAAUACCAAACUAUCAAAAGUAAGUUUUAAAAAAUCAAGAAUAAAAGAAUCACAGCAAUGCUUAAGAAUAAGAAUUAAUUGAACGGUUUCUCUCCAGUUUAUUAAAGCCGCUUGGUCCGAUUUUCUAUCAAAUUUUGUGAACGCUUUUAAACGAUGGUUAUAAUAUGCUAAGUAUGUGCAUAAUAAAAUAUAUUGCAGUAGCUUCUCCUGUCAAUUAAGCCAUAUUUUAAUGGGGAAAAAAUGUUGAACAUUUAAUUUUGUUAACAAAAUAAACGACAAACAGAGGUACCGCAUUAUUUCGCAGCCUCAUAUCAAAAUUCGCUCCCGAUGUUGAGGCGAGAGUGAUUGUAUUUAGACUUAGACAUCGAUAUAUAUAAAUGUUAUAAUGAUUUGGCAAAUCUGUGUACAUUUUUUUCAAUAAAAUUUCCAAACGGUUCCAUUUCUAAACUUUCACAUGAUUCAGUUUGGUUUGUUUAACUGUAUGCCAAUAAAGAAUAUCUAAACUUGAAUAUUUCUAGCUUUG